UUUAGCUAAUUCGCUAAAACUACACUCCCCAUGUGUCAUCGGCGUUUUGUUUAAACCUAAAUUUAAUCGAAUGUAUUCGUCACCAGAGGUCAUAAAUGCAAUGCACGUGAAGCACUUUCAUUCAGUAAGAGUAGCUCACGCACAUGAAGCUAAAGGACAGAGGAACGUAGACAUAUAACUACUUCCUUGUGUUUAAGCCAGUGAGUCCAGUUCUGUGCAGUGAGUCACACGGAUAAAACAUGGCUGGUCUUGUUUACUGGUCUUCAGUCGUGACACGACACGCACUAUUUAUGCUAGCUAAAAUUCACCUGCUCUGAUGUCUUCCGCCACUAACGGAACAGUGAACUUGAACCGGAGAGCAGCGAAGGAUUUAACGUUGAUCGCUGGACAAAGAACGGGAUUCGGCGCCAGCUACCUAACUAGCUAUCUACUCUUGUCCGAUAGUUUGGAAAGAUGAUUGGGUCCCCUGAUGUGGUGGCUUUUACCAAAGAGGAUGGUUUUGCGGAGGUGUAUAAAGACCCCUGGAUGAUCCCAGAAGAGUUUUCUGUGCCUCUGUUUCCUCAUUCUGGAAAUGGUAAUCCUUGGACAAAGACAUCUUAUGCUAAAUUUACCAAGGAUUUUAUUUUGAUUUCUGAGUUUUCUGAACAAGUUGGCCCACAGCCUUUACUCACCAUUCCAGAUGAGUCAAAAGUUUGUGGCACCUUUGAUCUGAACUAUUUCUCCCUGCGGAUCAUGUCUGUGGACUAUCAAGCCUCAUGUGUUGGCCAUCCUCCUGGCUGUGGCUAUCCAAAGCUUAAUUUUGUGGAGGACUCAAAAGUUGUACUUGGGGACUCAAAAGAAGGUGCUUUUGCAUAUGUCCACCACUUGACUCUUUAUGACUUGGAGGCGCGUGGCUUCGUUAGACCUUUCUGCAUGGCUUAUGUUUCAGCAGACGAAAGAAAGAUCAUGCAGCAAUUUAUAGAGCUAUCAUCUGAGUUUUCCAAAGCCUCGGAGUGUUUGAAAACUGGAAACCGGAAAGCUUUUGCUAAUGAGCUAGAAAAUAAACUAAAAGACUUGGAAUAUACCAGAAGUGUAUUGCACAAGGAGACAGAACUGCAGAAAAUGAGCAAUGGCUGCUUUUCAACCCAAGCAAUAGAGAAAGCUAAUGAGUUGGCAAAUGUUGAAAAAUCUAUUUAUGAGCAUAAAGAUUUGUUAAAGCAGAUCACAUCCUACCCAAAUAGAAAAAUUAAUGAUCCUGAAUUUCUGCCAUAUGAAUCAGGCAGCCCUGUUGACUCAGCUGAUCUAGGCCAGGAACCAACAUUCAGGGAAUUCAACUCUGAAGAUCAGUCAGAGGAUCACAGUAUUAAACAAAAACCCUCUUACACCCCUCAGCUUGUAAAAGCAAAGUCAGCCAAAUGUUUUGAUAAGCGCUUGAAAACACUGGAAGAGCUCUGUGAUUUAUACUUCUUCCAUCAAACAAUGGAUCAGCUCAGGUUAAUCGAGAAGACGUUCCGAGGUGACCUGUGCUACAUCUACACUAGUCAGAUUGAUCAGGCUUUGUUGAAAAAGCAGAAAAUCACUAACUUCCUUUUUGAGGAUAGUGAGUGGGAGGAAGAGGAAGCUGAGCAGCAAUUCUGUGAUGGGAAACAAACUAUGACCAACAACCUACCUCCAGCUUCCAUCCUGUCAGUUGAGCCAUUGAGUCUGGAUUCCUACACCUCAUGUGUUGAGACUGUGCCUAUUAAACUGGAGCCAGAAACUAAUGAAGAUAGGAUUCAUGGAAGAGAGCUGACUGAGUUCAGCCCCUGUGACCUCUUGCAAGACAAUACUGAUGAAGGUAUUGAUGCUGAAAUGAAAGGCAGUCUAAGUAGUGGUGAAAGCAUUGAGGUUCUGGGAACUGAGAAGUCUUUUAAAACUCAGGGACCAACAGUGAAUUCAAACAGUGUGGCAAACCUUCAGCCAUCUUAUCCUGAAGUAGUUCGAAAUAAAAUUUUCACCAGGAGGACUUACAGUGAGGACAGCAUUGAAAUACUGAGCACUUGUGAAUCCAUUAUACCUGAGGACCUGCGACCAUCCUACCCAAGUGCUAUUUAUGAAGAGGAACUCCCUGUGGAGAGUUGCACAGAUGCUGUACACAGUCAGACAUCAAUGUUGAAUCAAGCCCCAGGCAUGCUGGAUGAGUGCGUUGAUGAAUCAGGGUCUAACCUGCAGGUGGAGUCGACAUGCUGCAUUGGAAAAGAGGACCACAUUUAUAAGGGGUCCUCACCUGAGCUGGCACAAGAGUGUUGUGCUAAUGGAGUGAUGAAACAGGAGCCACAAUCUGAUGAUCAGGGGGAUCCUACUCUGCAGGCGGAUUUUUCUCUUGAUCAGGCGACCUUUUCUGAAGCCUCUCCUGCCGGGCUUCCUCUAUAUGAAUUGAACCCAAACUGUCUCUCAGAUGAUGUCUCUAGAAUGAACUGUGAUGACCUCUCUGACAGCACCAGCUUCAUGAGUGCCUCCACAAAUUCUGAUAGGACAUAUUCACCCUUUCUUUAUGGAAAUCCCAUUACUGUGAAGCACAAGAAGAAGUUUGGGCAGAGUGCUUUGAGGUUCAUCAGACAGUACCCCUUUGCCCAGCAAGCUGUUUUCUGCCUAAUGAGCGGCAGAACUCUAGUUGUGUUGGGAGCUGAUGAAGGUACAGUGAGAAAGCUGGUUAAUGCUUUGUCAAUUUUCAUACCCAAAAUUGGUAAGCACGGAGAAGCUGUAAAACAAUGGCUUUCUUCACCAUUCCAACUGACCGAGUUGCUGAACUGGAAGCUUAUUGGCCUUCACAGGGUGGCCUCUCCAGCAGGUUCUAGCAUGGUGCACUCCCUGAGCCGCUAUAGUCGCUAUAUCAGCGUUCUGGACAUUGACCACAAGACACUGCGCUGCCCACCGUACAAGGGCUCUUUGAUUGGGAAAAUGGUCGACCACCAUACUCAGAUCAAGCGCGGGAGCACCUACUUCAUGCAUGUGCAGAGUAUGCAAACACAGCUGUGUUCCAAGGCUUUCCUCUACACCUUCUGCCAUCAUCUCCACCUUCCCAUAAGCGCAGAUGAAGACCAAGACGCUGUGGCAUCACGAAGGACCAACUUUCUGCACCACCAGUUGCGCUACGGUGAGGAUGACUGCAGAAUAAUGCAGUUUCUGUCUGAGCUCAUCAAACACCAUUACCUGCAUGGUUCCAGCAAGGGGGGCACCCUGCCUGUUUUCAGCUUUAACUAUACCACCAGCUUUUUGCACAAACCUUAGGUGUGAAUGUUGCAUGCUGUAUCAGAUUAUUUCACUGGCUCCUGAACAAUUCUGGGUUCCUUUCCAUUCUUACUGUGGUAGGAAAUGGAAAUGAAGAAAAACAAUGAAUGUAAAUUUUUUUUUUCAAGUGAUUAACUAUGGUGUGUUGUCAUAAGUGUUGACUGAGUGGUGCAUUUGCUGUUGAAUGUGGUUUACUCUUGUAUUUUUUGAUCUCUAAAGUGCUAUUUAUUAUUGAUGUAAUUCCCCAGCCUUAUUCUUGAAAACAGCCAUGGACAUAUAUACUGUUGAGCAGAAAUGAGUAUCUUCCAGAGGGGUACUGCAGCUGAAAGACUAAUUACCAAAAUGUCUUGCUAGUAUGACGGAUGAAGUCAAAGUGUACCUACAAGUAAUUAUCCUUACGGUGCCAUACUGAUCCGUUUUGUAAAAAUAAAAACAUUACAUACUGAACACAUUAUGCCAAUGCAUCUUGGUCUCAGUUGUUUUAUCAAACCAGAUUUGCUGAGAGCUGAAAAUGGCCAAGUAACCUCACCAGUUCAAUCAGUGCACCUGGGUGGGUAACAUUUAAUACAUUUUUCUCAUCAAUGAACUACUUUGAGAUACUAUGUAAAAUGAUUGUUAUUGAUCAGCAGAUCACUGAAAAACUGUGCCAAUUUCUUUUUCUUCCUUUUUGUGAAUUUCAAUUAUUUUUUUGCCUUUUUCAGGAAUUCAGACUGUUUUUAUGCAUUGUACUUUUGUGGUUCUGUGCUAGAUUGGAAAAGUUUUAAUUCAUGAGUAACAUUUCAAUUACAAAAUGACAAUUUUUCUUUGAAUACAAAUGAGCAGACAUUUUCUUUUAGGAAAAAAACUAAUGAAAAUGGCAGAUAAAGUGAAAUGAGACCAUGAUCUUUGUUGGUGGUAGUGUGUCACAAUAAACAGAGUAAAUCCGGAAUUGUCAAUCUAUGCUUCAUAAAUUUUUUAAGAUAAAAAUGAGGACGAAUGCCAGUGCCCUCCAAGAUAAAUAUACUGAAAUAAAGAAAAUGAAUCAUAUCUGACUUGGGUUAAUUACAUUUUGAACCCUUCUUAUUUAGAUGCAAUUGAAUCAGGUGGGGCUCUGAAUAUGCAUGUUAUGAUAAAAUGGUGUAAAAUGAUGCAUAUGAUAUUGCAUGUUUCAAGGAUUAUUAUUUGUCAUCAACCUUUGUGCUAAAUGGAAAGUGUUGUGGAUCAGUCUGCAAAUAAUUGUUAGAAUACACUUGUCCAAAUCUUCUACUAUGUGAAAGUAAUAUGGGUGUCAGUAUGGUAGGGAUAUGUUAUUGGUUUACAGAACUAGAAAUGGUCCAGUUAAUUCCAAUUAUUAAUCAGUCUAAUUGGUGAUGUUCUUAAAGUGUUCCUGCUCUAUAUUUGAACUGCAAAACAGAAAUAGUAUUUUAUGAGCUGUUGCAAUGGCAAAAAAGGGUAACUGUCUCUGAAAUCCAAGUGAUUGUAGCCACUCAUCACUAGUCCAAGUUCCUUGGCCUCUUCCGCAGAUAUGAAAUAUCUUUGUGUAUUAAACAUCUUAACUGGUGUUUUUUCAUGCUUACAAAACUUGUUAAGGUAACUGAAGUGUGAGCCCUCUGAAAUGAAUUGCAGCACAAAUGUAAACUCAAGAGCUAAUUCUUGACCUACAUACUUUAAACGUUUAGAAUUUGUGCACCCCACAAAGUGUCAAUUGUGGAGAUGUAAUUCAGUGUGUUGUAUCAAACAUUUGGAAAUUUGUAGAUGAAUUUCAUACUGGGAAUAACAGGAUCCCUGCCAGGAUUGCUGGAUAUUUUUUGUUCUUCCUCUGGUAAAUUUCCAUAAAGCUGCUAGAUAUUGAAAUAAGAUUGUUCAAACAACCCAUAUAUAAUUUUUGGGGGAGGAUUUUUGUAUGGGAUUGAAUUUGUGUUUGGAUGUCUUUCAGCUAAAGCCUUACUGUUAUACCUGUCAGAUUACUUCAAUACCCAUGUAUACAGUGCAUUUACUUCAAACACUGACUGUACACUUUUUUUCCUACCCAAAUCCAUUUGCAGUAAACAAAAAAUAAAUUUAAAAUAUCCUGUCCUGACAGAGUUUAUUUCUACAGGUUUUCUGGACAUUUCGAUACUUUAUGUAACCUAGUGUCGGAUUCACACAGCCUUUGUGUGUGACCAUGGGCAGGAUGUAACGGGCUUUAUCCUGCUGUGUUAUCAAUAAUGGUAUAACUGGGUUUUAAAAAAACUGCUAUGUGUUUAUUUUUGAAUGUUAGCCAAUGUCUGCAUUUGAUUUUGCACAGGAAUGUUUGGUGGUUCGGAGAUUUUUGUUUUAUUAGAAUUUGCUUUUGUAUGUUUUGAGUUGUAAACACCAGAAUUUAAUAUAUUUAAUAAAAUGUCAAAUCUGA